GAACCAACGGUGUCUGAGAAAAUUAACAUUUUUCAUUAUAGUGCAGUUUGAGUCCUUAAAGUAAUUUUUUGAAACUUAUGCACGCAUUUCAAAAACAACAAAGCAUUCUGAAGAAAAAUUUUCGCUGGCAUAGUUGUUCAGGAUAGUCCUCUUCACACCCUAAGUCAAGCACUUUUUUCAUUUUAGUGGGAAAAUUUUGAAAUAAAUUACAAAUAGAAAAUUUCUAGCUUUAAAUUUACUUAAAAUUUAUGUAAAUUGCAUUUUUUUCAAAAUUUUCCCACUAAAAUGAAAAAAGUGCUUGACUUAGGGUGUGAAGAAGACUAUCCUGAACAACUUUGACAGCGAAAAUUUUUCUUCAAAAUGCUUUAUUGUUUUUGAAAUUCUUUUGUUAUUAUUGUUUAUUUCUCAGAAAUCUAUUUAAAAAGAAAUAUUUCAAAGAUAAAUUAUUUUUCUAGGUAAAUAAUCUUGAAGAAGCAAUUAAUUGUGCUAAAAAACAAAAUGUCCGAUGUUUAAGUGAACAACCAGAAGUUGGUGCUAGUGGAAAAUUAGUAAUGUUUUUACAUCCAAAAGACUGUGGAGGUACGCUUAUCCAAUUGGAACAAGCUUAA